CUCUCCAGGCUGCCCGCGACCUAAAGCCGGGAAGCAGCAGCGAUCGUGUGUUUAACUGUGGUGAGAUGCGUCUCUGUGCACAACACAGGGUACUUCAGCCUUCUCGGGUUUGCCGUCCAGCACCGUUCAUUCCAUGCGCGUUGCCGCGCCGCUCUCACCAGCUGCCCUUCUCCACAACUUCUUCAUCUCCCCAGACGGAAACGCUGUACCCCUUGAGCAAGAACUGCUCCCUGAGCCUUCCCCCGGCAACCACCAUGUCACUUUCUCGGAAUUUGGGAUCAAACAGAAUUUAUCCUUUGUGUCUGGCUUAUUUCACUUAGAAUAAUGUCUGCAAGGUUCAUCCCUCUUGCAGCAUGUAUCAGAAUUAACGUAUUAUUUAAGACUAAUCUGUUACUUAUGGCAUUUUAUUUACCUGUCAGUGGAUAUUUAGGUUGUUUCCACCUUUGGCCAUGAUGAAUAUUGUUGCUAUGAACGUGGGUGUACAAAUAUCCCUUCAAGUAGAUAUUUGCUUAGAAUUUUUGGUUUUAUACCCAGAGUCGAAUUGCUGGAUCAGAUGGUAAUUUUUUAUGGAACCAACAAUGUGUUUCUGAAAACAGGUUUAAAGGAAUAGAUUGGCACUUGGAUUCUACAGGUUAAUUGAGUCAGCACCCAUUUACUAACCACCACCUUAAAUUUCUCAGGCUGACACGGAAUUCUUUGUCCCAAAGAGUUUACUGUCUUGGAAGGAGAGGCCAAUACACAUGAUUUCACUCCAGUGCCGCAUAGAUUGAAUGCUGAAAGAGUUCAGAUUUUGUAGUGCAUCUCUGAGCAUGAGUGCAGAAUGAAGCGACGUUUGGAUGACCAGGAGUCACCGGUGUAUGCGGCUCAGCAGCGUCGGAUCCCUGGUGGCACAGAGGCUUUUCCUCACCAGCAUCGGGUGCUUGCCCCUGCCCCUCCCGUAUAUGAAGCAGUAUCUGAGACCAUGCAGUCAGCCACGGGAAUCCAGUACUCUGUCACACCCAGCUAUCAGGUUUCAGCUGUGCCGCAGAGCUCCGGCAGUCACGGGCCCACCAUCGCAGCAGUUCACAGCAGCCAUCACCACCCAGCAGCUGUGCAGCCCCAUGGAGGCCAGGUGGUGCAGAGCCAUGCUCAUCCAGCCCCACCAGUUGCACCAGUGCAGGGGCAGCAGCAGUUUCAGAGACUCAAGGUGGAGGAUGCCCUGUCCUAUCUUGACCAGGUGAAGCUGCAGUUUGGUAGUCAGCCUCAGGUCUACAAUGACUUCCUUGACAUCAUGAAAGAAUUUAAAUCUCAGAGCAUCGACACUCCGGGAGUGAUUAGUCGUGUGUCCCAGCUGUUCAAAGGCCACCCUGACCUGAUUAUGGGCUUCAAUACCUUCUUACCCCCUGGCUACAAGAUUGAGGUGCAAACUAAUGACAUGGUGAACGUGACAACUCCUGGCCAGGUUCAUCAGAUCCCUACCCAUGGCAUCCAGCCCCAGCCUCAGCCACCACCCCAACAUCCUUCCCAGCCUUCAGCCCAGUCAGCCCCAGCUCCUGCCCAGCCAGCUCCUCAGCCCCCACCUGCCAAAGUCAGCAAGCCUUCCCAACUACAAGCACAUACUCCAGCCAAUCAGCAGACUCCCCCACUCCCACCAUAUGCAUCCCCACGUUCUCCACCUGUCCAGCCUCAUACACCAGUGACAAUCUCGUUGGGAACGGCCCCAUCUUUGCAGAACAAUCAGCCUGUGGAGUUUAAUCAUGCUAUCAACUAUGUUAAUAAGAUUAAGAACAGGUUCCAGGGCCAGCCAGACAUCUACAAAGCAUUCCUGGAGAUUUUGCACACAUAUCAGAAAGAGCAGCGAAAUGCCAAGGAAGCUGGAGGAAACUAUACUCCAGCUUUGACUGAGCAGGAGGUAUAUGCUCAGGUAGCUCGUCUCUUUAAAAACCAGGAAGAUCUGUUGUCAGAAUUUGGACAGUUUCUACCCGAUGCCAAUAGCUCUGUGCUUUUAAGCAAAACAACUGCUGAGAAAGUUGAUUCUGUACGAAAUGACCAUGGAGGCACUGUGAAGAAGCCCCAACUAAACAACAAGCCACAGAGGCCCAGCCAGAAUGGCUGCCAGAUCCGCAGACACUCGGGGACAGGAGCCACGCCUCCUGUGAAGAAGAAACCCAAAUUGCUCAGCCUAAAGGAUUCUUCAAUGGCAGAUGCCAGCAAGCAUGGUGUAGGAACAGAAUCAUUAUUUUUUGAUAAGGUGCGAAAGGCCCUGCGGAGUGCAGAGGCUUACGAAAAUUUCCUGCGGUGUCUUGUUAUCUUCAACCAGGAGGUGAUUUCUCGGGCUGAGCUCGUGCAGCUAGUCUCCCCUUUCCUUGGGAAAUUCCCUGAAUUGUUUAAUUGGUUUAAGAACUUUCUGGGCUAUAAGGAGUCUGUACAUCUGGAAACCUUUCCAAAGGAACGAGCCACAGAAGGCAUUGCCAUGGAGAUAGAUUACGCCUCUUGUAAACGGUUGGGCUCCAGCUAUCGAGCCCUACCAAAGAGUUACCAGCAACCCAAAUGUACCGGACGGACUCCUCUCUGUAAGGAGGUUUUAAAUGAUACCUGGGUUUCCUUCCCUUCCUGGUCUGAGGACUCCACCUUUGUUAGUUCCAAGAAAACUCAGUAUGAAGAGCAUAUCUAUCGUUGUGAAGAUGAACGCUUUGAGCUUGAUGUAGUUUUAGAGACAAAUCUGGCAACCAUCCGGGUUCUGGAAGCAAUACAGAAGAAGCUUUCUCGUUUGUCUGCUGAGGAACAAGCCAAAUUUCGUUUGGACAACACCCUUGGGGGCACGUCAGAAGUCAUCCAUCGAAAAGCACUCCAGAGGAUAUAUGCCGACAAAGCCGCAGACAUCAUUGAUGGGCUGAGGAAGAAUCCCUCCAUCGCUGUGCCGAUCGUCCUCAAAAGGUUGAAGAUGAAAGAGGAAGAAUGGCGAGAAGCUCAGAGAGGCUUUAACAAGGUGUGGAGAGAGCAAAAUGAAAAAUACUACUUGAAGUCUCUGGACCACCAAGGCAUAAACUUUAAGCAGAACGACACCAAGGUCCUGAGGUCUAAGAGCUUACUCAAUGAGAUUGAGAGUAUAUAUGAUGAGAGGCAAGAGCAGGCUACCGAGGAGAAUGCUGGUGUACCCGUUGGCCCACAUCUCUCACUUGCCUAUGAAGACAAACAGAUCCUGGAAGAUGCUGCUGCCCUGAUUAUCCACCAUGUGAAGAGGCAGACGGGCAUUCAGAAAGAGGACAAGUAUAAAAUCAAGCAAAUCAUGCAUCAUUUCAUUCCAGAUCUGCUCUUUGCUCAGAGAGGUGAUCUCUCAGAUGUGGAGGAAGAGGAAGAAGAAGAGAUGGAUGUGGAUGAAGCCACAGGGGCAGCUAAGAAGCACAAUGGUGUUGGGGGCAGUCCCCCUAAGUCCAAGCUACUGUUUAGUAACACAGCAGCUCAGAAGUUGAGAGGGAUGGAUGACGUAUACAACCUCUUCUAUGUCAAUAACAACUGGUACAUUUUCAUGCGACUGCACCAGAUUCUCUGCUUGAGGCUGCUGCGAAUUUGUUCUCAAGCUGAACGGCAAAUUGAAGAGGAAAACCGAGAGAGAGAGUGGGAACGGGAAGUGCUGGGCAUAAAGCGAGACAAGAGUGACAGCCCUGCCAUCCAGCUGCGUCUCAAGGAACCUAUGGAUGUUGAUGUAGAAGACUAUUACCCAGCUUUUCUGGACAUGGUGCGGAGCCUGUUGGAUGGCAACAUAGACUCAUCACAAUAUGAAGAUUCUCUGAGAGAGAUGUUCACCAUUCAUGCCUACAUUGCCUUCACCAUGGACAAACUUAUCCAGAGCAUUGUCAGACAGCUGCAGCACAUCGUGAGUGAUGAGAUCUGUGUGCAGGUGACUGACCUUUACCUCGCAGAAAACAAUAACGGGGCUACUGGAGGCCAGCUGAACACGCAGACUGCAAGGAGUCUCCUGGAGUCUACAUAUCAGCGGAAGGCAGAACAACUCAUGUCGGAUGAGAAUUGCUUUAAGCUUAUGUUCAUUCAGAGCCAAGGCCAGGUCCAGCUAACCAUCGAGCUUCUGGACACGGAGGAGGAGAACUCAGAUGACCCUGUGGAAGCAGAGCGCUGGUCAGACUACGUGGAGCGAUACAUGAAUUCUGAUACUACCUCUCCUGAGCUUCGUGAGCACCUGGCACGGAAACCAGUAUUUCUCCCAAGGAAUCUGCGACGGAUCCGGAAGUGUCAGCGUGGUCGGGAACAGCAGGAAAAGGAAGGAAAGGAAGGAAACAGCAAAAAGACCAUGGAGAACGUGGACAGCCUGGAUAAGCUGGAGUGUAGAUUCAAGCUGAAUUCCUACAAGAUGGUGUAUGUGAUCAAGUCGGAGGACUACAUGUAUCGGAGGACCGCCUUGCUCCGGGCUCAUCAGUCCCACGAGCGUGUAAGCAAGCGGCUACAUCAGAGGUUCCAAGCCUGGGUAGAUAAAUGGACCAAGGAGCAUGUGCCCCGUGAAAUGGCAGCGGAGACCAGCAAGUGGCUCAUGGGUGAGGGGCUGGAGGGCCUUGUGCCCUGUACCACCACCUGUGACACAGAAACCCUACACUUUGUGAGCAUUAACAAGUACCGUGUCAAAUACGGCACAGUGUUCAAAGCCCCGUAACUGCCAAGCCAGAGCAGGUGACUUAGGGGUGUGUGUGAGAGCAUGUGCACUCACACACACUGAAGAAACAAGGAAGAUGCCUUUCAAGCCUCACUGGGCCUCUCUGGGACACGGCCACCUGAUUCUGUGUGUGGCUGGUGCAACCUGGCACCAAGUGGGCUACAUUUAAGGAUCGUGGAUACCUUACAAAGCUAGAGCUGGAACUUUUCCCAGGCUUUGAGUAUUAGCUUAUCCUGAAGGGGAAAGAAGUUCAUGCAAGUGCUGAGACAUGCAGCUUGCUUGCACACACCAGCAGAGUAAGACUGGAGUCUCCUGGGGCCUGCCCUUCCGUGGGGGAACCAGAUGCAGUCCACACCUUGCCUGGAUGGGUGUGCAUUUACAGACAGACUGGGGAAGGACUUGACUUUCAGAUGGAUAACUCUGAUGCUCACUGCUCCUCUUCUCUCCCCACAAGAGGAGAAAAGAACUGGAUUUAAUUUGUUUUCCUGGUCACUCGAGCACAUCUAGAUCCCCAUUAGGUUUUACCUGGGACUUACAGCUUGGCUUUGGGAUUGAUCAUCUUGUGGAUUUGAUUCCUGACGAAUCCUUUGCUGCCUACCCUGUACUCUCCUCCGGUUCUCAACCUCAACAAGUUCAAAUCAGUCGUUCUUUUUAGCUCCCGUGGAACUGUUUUGUACCUGCUUCUUUACUAGUCUACCCUAGUGCCAUCCACCAGCUUUAUUCUCACACACACGAAAUUUUAACUUGGAUUUUUCGUUGCUUUUUUUUUGUAAAUAAUGUACAUACUGUCAAUUUUUUAUUAAAAAGAAAUAUGCUUUGAUGUGCUAGCAUAACUGCUCUAGCUUCUUGUGUACCAUAGUACUAUGUGGCUUCAGAUUUAGUACCUAUGAACAGAUGUACAAGACAUUUAUUACACUUUUUACCAAAGGGAGUUACCAUUGUAGUACUUUUGUGUAAAACUUGUCUUCCUCCUUGCCCCAACUUUUUUUUUUUUUUUUUUUUUUUUUUGUAAAUAAAUAAAGCUUGGUUCUUACUUAAGGAA